AUGGGAGCCGGCGGGGUUAUCCUGCGGUUUUUCAACCUCGGACUGCGUGUUCUGCAGUUCCUUGAUGCCGCCGUCAUUCUCGGCAUCUUUUCGUACUUCUUGGCUGUCUUGACCAGGAAUGACCAAACCAUCGUGACAUGGAUCAAGGCUGUUGAAGGCUUGGCAGGAGCAGCAACCGCCUACAGUCUGCUCGGCAUCAUAUUAUCCUGUUGCCUGGGCGGUGUAGCCUUCUUUGCAUUCUUGGGUGUUGCCCUGGACAUAUGCUUUGUGGGCGCGAUGGUUGCCAUCGCCAUCUUGACUCGCGAUAGUGUUGGCAAAUGUACUGGAAUAGUGGACACACCAAUGGGCACGGGCAACGCCAACUAUGACACUGCUUCCAAGAAUCUGAAAUUUGGCAUGGCCUGCAAACUGGAAAAGGUCGUCUUUGCAGUGGCGGUGAUCGGAAUCUUUUUCUACUUGACCUCCAUCCUUUUCCAAAUCCUUCUUGCCCGCCACCACAAGCGUGAGAAGCGGUUCGGUCCCUCCCCUACCAACGGCUACACCCAUGGCAGUCGCAAAGCCUUCUGGCGUCGUAACAAGAACAUUCCUGAGGCUACUGGCGGUGCCGAUACUUUACCCGGCCACCCAACUCCUCAAGAACUGGAGAUGGGUGCCGAGCCCAACACGGAGAAGGGCUGGUUCAGCUCGUGGGGCAAAAACCAGAACGCAGCCAAUGCUCCGGUUGCUAUUCCGGCUGCGGGUAGCUAUGGUUAUCGUAGCUCGGCGUACACUGGCAACAUCUAG